GGAGCUGAGGCGGUGCAUGGGGCUGGAGGGCGCCUGGGGAGCAGGACGGCAGCAAUCCGCCCCGGCAAGGGGGAAGGGGCCAGGGGAGCCUUUCCUCAUCUAGCCGAGGGACCCUAGGGCAGCACCGCUGCUGAGGGGAACGGCAGCAGUGCCGGUGUAUGCGGGCGGCCGGGGCGGCAGCGCAGCGGAGAGGGGCGGGGGCAAAGUGAUGAGAAGUUGAGGGAGGACGGAGCGAGGGUGCCCUCUCCUCGGCCCAGCCCCUCAGCAGGUGAAGCAGAGCCCGGGCGGAGGCGACAGGCGGGCCCGGCGCCGCAGCGGAGGGGCUUCGGUAGAAGCAGGGCCUCUGGCCGGGCCGAACGGAGACACGCAGCCCCCGAGCCCACUCGGCUGAAGGAAAAGCGCGGCCAGCGGAGCUCCGAGCGCCGGAGAGCGGCUCGCUCCGGUCUUCGGCUCGUUACCAAAGGCAGAGGAGAGGAGAAACGGCGCUGAAGGGAGAGCGGUGAGGGAGCUAUGAAGCCGUACGCUCCAGCUUUCGUUCUCCUGUGGAGCGCUGUUGGGAUAGCAAGGGCUGCCAAAAUUGUUGUUGUGCCGCCAAUUAUGUUUGAAAGCCAUCUUUAUAUUUUCAAGACUCUGGCCUCAGCCUUGCAUGACCAAGGUCACCAGACAGUGUUUCUCCUCUCUGAGGGCAGAGAGAUUCCUCCAUCUAAUCACUAUAGACUUCAGCGCUAUCCAGGGAUCUUUAACAGCAGCACCUCAGAUGAUUUUCUCCAGUCCAAGAUGAGGAGUAUCUUCUCUGGCAGGCUGACAGCCCUGGAACUCUUUGACAUCCUGGACCACUAUUCCAAGAACUGUGACAUGAUUGUUGGCAACCAAAACCUCAUGCAUGCUCUGAAACAGGAAAAAUUUGACCUGCUCCUGGUAGAUCCCAAUGAGAUGUGUGGAUUUGUUAUAGCUCAUCUUUUAGGAGUUAAAUAUGCUGUUUUUUCCACUGGCCUCUGGUAUCCAGCAGAAGUGGGUGCUCCAGCUCCCCUGUCGUACGUCCCAGAAUUUAACUCGCUGCUUACAGAUCACAUGAACCUAUUUGAGAGGAUUAAAAAUACUGUCGUUUAUCUUAUUUCAAGAUUUGGAGUCAGUUUUUUGGUUCUGCCAAAAUAUGAAAGGAUAAUGCAGAAAUACAAGGUUCUGCCAGAACGGUCCAUGUAUGACUUGGUUCAUGGAUCCAGCCUGUGGAUGCUUUGCACAGAUGUAGCACUGGAGUUUCCACGACCUACGCUACCCAAUGUUGUUUAUGUGGGAGGAAUCCUGACCAAACCAGCCAGCCCUCUGCCAGAAGAUCUCCAGACAUGGGUGAAUGGUGCUAGUGAAAAUGGCUUUGUCCUUGUCUCUUUUGGAGCUGGAGUGAAAUAUCUGUCUGAAGAUAUAGCGAAUAAGUUGGCACAUGCUCUGGCAAGACUGCCUCAGAGAGUUAUUUGGAGGUUUUCAGGAAACAAACCAAGGAAUUUAGGCAACAAUACGAAGCUUAUAGAAUGGUUACCACAAAACGAUCUCCUUGGUCACUCUAACAUUAAAGCUUUUCUUAGUCAUGGAGGUUUGAACAGCAUUUUUGAGACCAUGUACCAUGGGGUUCCGGUGGUGGGGAUUCCACUUUUUGGAGACCAUUAUGAUACUAUGACUCGUGUGCAGGCCAAAGGCAUGGGAAUAUUGUUGAACUGGAAGACUGUCACUGAGAAUGAAUUGUAUGAAGCUCUAGUAAAAGUUAUUAAUGAUCCCAGCUACCGACAGCGGGCCCAGAGGCUGUCUGAGAUUCACAAAGACCAACCUGGUCAUCCUGUUAACCGGACUGUAUACUGGAUUAAUUACAUCCUCCGUCACAAUGGAGCCCAGCAUCUACGUGCUGCUGUUUACAGCAUCUCUUUCUAUCAGUAUUUCUUACUGGAUAUUGCCUUUGUUGUACUAGUGAGUGCUGCCUUACUUUAUUACAUUUUGGCCAGGAUAACAAAAUUUAUCUACAAACAAAGCAAACUUCUUUGGUCAAAUGGUGAACAUAGUGUUGUUAAUGGACAUUACCAAAAUGGGAUACCAAAUGGCAAAUAUAGAAGAAAUGGCCACAUUAGGCAUGAAAAAAAGGUGAAAUGAGCCAACUGUCCCUGUCAAGUAGUAAUGAAUCAGAUCAGUAAUCAAAUUUUAUCGCUGUAACUUAGUCUAACAACUACUUAAAACCUCAGUAAGCAGUUCUAACACUUCCCUUUGGUAUGUAGUACUAUGUGACAAAAUUCAAUGGAACUAAGAAAAGGCUUUAAAAAGAACAACAAAGGCAAGCACAAAUUAAAAUGGAAAAUACUUUAUUCUUAAUACUGAUGCAGAGGAGUUAUUUUGGCACUGAAGUUUUUAGAAGCCUUAAUUCUCUACAGUUACAUGGUGACCGUAUUUAUGAAUUUUCAGUUUUUAAAAGCUAAAUGUGUGUGUCCAAAAUGAGAUGUUUCUUUUUAUUUCCAGAGGUGUUUUCUGUUUAUUUUUUUUAUUAUUCUAAGAUAUCCAUCUUUGAGUUGAGAGAACUUUAGUGCUAGUUCUGUGUUUCCUUUGUUGAAGGCUCAACGUGUUGUGUAAAAAUGCUGUUUGAAAAAAAAACAUUUUUUCCCAGUCUUUGUGCAAGAAAUAGCAAGUUCUGGACUGAAAACACAGACAUUAAAAAACCCACCAACCAACCAAAACAGAAACUUAAAAUGAGCACUGAAGAAAAAGGGCAAAAAUAGGUACUCUUUUUACUGAUAAACUGCAUGACUCUUCUGCUCACUACUAGUACUUUGGAGAAAAGGGUCUUGAGCAAGUCUACAAUGUGUCCUAAUUUUAAAUCUAUAAAAAAUCUCUUUGUUGCCUUUCUCUGCAUAUAUAAUUUAUGCCAUGAAAAUAUUAGGGAGUUUUAUUUCAGUUUAAAAUAUGGCUCUGUGUGGGAAGUAGGUUAGCAUAAUUAAGACAAAUAAAUGACAACAACAAAAAGAAAACUAGCCCUGUGCUUAAUGCAUAUGGUUUUGUAAUGGCCCAGAGCUGUGAAAAAUCAAACGGAUACUUUGGGUUUGUUUAAAAAACCAACAAACAUUGGCUGAAUGUCUCUUCUUGUUAAUUCUCAUUAUUAUUAAGUUCUUUCUAAAUCACAGUGUUGUAGAUGUUCUCUUCCAAUGGUUGUAUCUGGAAAAAUAUUACCUUCUAUUAGUCUGGGCCACGCAAUCCAUGUUUCACAUAGUUGCCAAUCCACAUUCUCUGAUGUGGGGCUGCUUGCUAGGUGGUUGACUAGCCUGCCUCCUUGCCUUCCUUCCGAGGGCUGGUGGAACACGUGGGGUGAAGCCUGGCCGCCUCAGAACAAGGUUUGCAGAAGUGGUCAUCUCCCCCUUCCCCUGCAACAAUCUCUUUCAACCAUUGUUGCCGACACAGGAUGCUGGUGGUGGUGUGCACCAAUGGUGGGGAUGCAGGGCAAUAGGCGUAAAAUCAUCACUGCCCUGCUGUACUAAAGUUGGCAACUCUGAGUUUAUUUCCAUGUCAUUCUGUUUACUUGGAAUUUGCACUACACGUGUUGUGAGUGUAUGCUUUAUUUAUUUGUAGUUUGAAAUCCCGUGCCUGAAGGAGAAAGGAAAGAAACCCAUCUAUCUAGUGUUUUUCACUAACAUGGGCGGAGUUGUGAUGAUUACAGGAUGCCGAGAUCAUCUUCAUACACAGUGAUGCAGUAUUUCACUAUCAUUCCAUCAGGAGCCUCUAUCCUAUAGCAAUAAAUAACAGUACAGAUAUGUUUCUUAUAUACAGUACAGCUACUUGUACUGCUUUCUGAAUACUUGAAGAAAAUGGUAUUAUAAAUAAGCCUAUUAGCUAUACCUUUUUACAAUCUUGAAGUCUGUGGCAACUAAAGGAGCACACAGAGGCAAUGAAUGGUGGGAUGGUAAUAAGACUUAGAGUGUAUGAAUGACUUGGUUUAAAUGUGUUUUUUUGGCAUUGAAGAAGGUAAAAAAGCACUGACCGGAUGAUUAAGCAUAAUUUAAUCUCCACUGUGAUAAAAUUUAAGCAAUAAACAUGGAUUUAAUAGAGAAA